GGCAGGUGAUUGCUGUGUUGGUGGUGAGCUUAAUAGUAGUUAGUGGUGGUGGUAGUAGCAGUGAUAGGCGUCAUAUCUGUGUGGCUCCAUCCGAUGCUCUGUGUGUGUGUGCAGUUUCAUGCGGCAUCUACACGCAUUGUAAGCAGGCCAGAUACAAGGACAGACAGUGGAUAAUACGGGGCAGAGUCACAGGACAGACACCAAAGUCUACAGGGCACUCAGAGUACAGGACAGGCACACAGUAGAUCAUCACGCAGUGUAUAAAAUAGUGAAUUUCGCUCAGCCACAUUCCAGACACGAGCAUAGGUGCAUAUGCCAAACACGGCUAGGACACUUGGCCUGGCAUAGACAGACACACAGGUGAGGCAUACGGUGGUGCUGCUGGACACGGAUAUAGGACAGAGACAUCGUCUGUAGGACGUUGACACUGCGCAUGUGACAGGCACACAACGCAGACACUUGCCACGCGCAACUCUCACACCUGCCCACAGGUAUAUCGGUCAGCGGACGCAGCAAGGCACUGACUCUGUACAUGGGACGCAGAGUCUGACGCAUGCGCCACCACAACCACUGCCUCCUCCAUCUAUCUCCUCCACACGCAACGAGCCGAGAAUGUCCGUCGGUGUCCUCAUGCCGCUUCGCGUGGCCUCAUCACUCGCCCUGGCCGUGCUCUUCGUGAUGGCUUGUGGCGUCUCGGCCUCCUUCCACGGCUGGGGAGGAUUCUCCAACACGGCCGACACGGACAAUAUCUUUCUCGUGGCAGGUGCCGGCGACGGCUGCUUCUGCCAGCUGAGCGGAGUGCUUGACGACUGCUCCUGCGACAUUGAAAGCAUCGACGAAUUCAACAACUACAAGCUCUUCCCCAAACUGUGGAACUUACUGGAGAAGGACUACUUCCGCUACUACAGGGUCAACCUCAAGAGGCCAUGCCCAUUCUGGCACGAUGACAGCCACUGUUCCAUACAGGAUUGCCACGUGAAGUCGUGCAAGCCGAGCGAGGUUCCGUCCGGAAUUAAGGGAGGAGAGCACAACAAGUACUUGGAGGACAUUAACGUUUGGGCCAAGGAGCAGCAGGAGUGUGAAGAGGCAAGAAAACUGGGAGCCAUCGACAACACCAUCAGCGACCAAAGCAAAGUGGCCUUCAUCGACUGGGCAAGAUAUGAUGAUUCUCUGGAUAACUUUUGUGAGAUUGAUGACGAGACUUCGCCCGACAUGGAGUACGUUGACCUGCGGUUGAACCCUGAGCGCUACACUGGCUACAAGGGCCCGUCUGCGUGGCGCAUCUGGAACUGCAUCUACGAGGAAAACUGCUUCAAGCCUCGCUCGGUGUACAGGCCGCUGAAUCCACUGAUGCCACCCAAUCGCGGUGAAGAUGACGGUAAGGGUCUAACUGUGGGUGGAGAGGGGUUUUACACGUGGCUCGAAGGUCUGUGUCUAGAGAAGAGGGUGUUCUACCGUCUCAUCUCGGGUCUCCAUUCAAGUAUCAACAUUCACUUGUCUGCCCAGUACCUCGUGGAAGACGGCUACAGCAAGGCCCACUGGGCGCCCAACGUCAAUGAGUUCCGCAAGCGCUUCGACCCGUCGACGACAAGGGGCCAGGGCACGCGCUGGCUGCGCAACCUCUACUUCCUCUACCUCAUCGAGCUGCGUGCCAUCUCCAAAGUGGCACCCUUCUUCCUGCGGCCCAGCAGCAACCUGUACACGGGCAACGCUAAAGAGGACCACCAGACCAAGGAGCUGCUGCUGCAGAUCCUACAGCUCGCCAAGGAGUUCCCGAUGCAUUUUGACGAGACCGCGAUGUUUUCCGGUAACGAGAAGGAGGCGCAAUUACUCAAGGAGGAGUUCCGGUUGCACUUCAAGAACAUCUCGCGGAUCAUGGACUGCGUCGGCUGCGACAAGUGUCGCUUAUGGGGAAAGCUGCAGACGCAAGGGUUGGGCACGGCGCUGAAGAUCCUGUUCUCGGAGAGGGAGAUACGGAAGCUGCCGAAGCAGGGGCCCUACCCUCCCUUCCAGCUGACUCGACAAGAGAUCGUCGCUCUCAUCAACGCGUUUGGGCGAGUGUCGACCAGCAUCAAGGAGUUGCAGAACUUCAAGGAGGUCUUGAAGGAUUCCAUGUGAACUCCGCCUCCACCACAGUUGUGAUUUUCAGGACUACUCACCGCACUAUUUAUUCUGGUCAGAAACUGAGAAUGUUCUUGUCCCUCGCCGUCGUCAAUUUAAAACAAAAUACGAGAACCACUCGGCAGGGAUUGUGAGAUUCCCAUUAAAAAGGGGGAUGGACCGGUGAGGCAUGUCUGAUAAAAAAAAAAAAAAGGAAGAAAUAAUAAAUGGUUGAUACAGGUGUACAAAGUUACUUUCCGAAGAUGUUUAACCCUUUUGACGCUGUGUUGUGCAGGGGUUAUAGUUUACAUUGUGCUUACUGUGCUUGUUAUAUGUGACUGGGAGCAAUGAGAAAGGAAAAAAAAUGCAAAACAAUAAUUGUAAAUGUAAGUUUCUACUAUAUAUAUAUAUAUACUGUAAUUGAAUGGCCUUAUGAAUAUUAAUGCUUCAGGAGCAUUCUGUCUCGGAGUGACGAUGUCUUGGGACUUUUUUUUGACGAAUGACAAUGAAGUGAAAUGUAUUCUCCAAAAUAUCGCAAAAUGUUUGACCGUUGAUGGUUGUUUGAGAGCAGUUUCUUUUCUGGUUGUCACGCCGCGUGCCCUCACCGUGCAUUGUGUUUGCCACCUUUGAGACCUUUUUGGCAUGCCCGGCAGUUCUGUGUUGUACAAAUGACCUCUGUAAAAUCGUGAAAGAUUGCGCUCCACGUAGCGACCUGCUGAUAGAAUAUUCUUAUUGUCAAAAACGUAGGAAGGCGUUUCACGGUUAACUAUUAAGGACCAAACCCCAAUUACAUAAAACAUCUUAUUGGAUUACUUAUCCCCCAAGAUGCAAUGUUUCUGCCGCUGGGAACGGAAAACAUGGACACUUUUUUCACGGUGAUCUCAGAGCGUCUCGUUUGAUGCGCGACAUUUUGCGGGUAUCUUAUUUAUUGUGCUGGGCAGGUGGUGGAGAAAUGCCAAAUUGUGAAUCGAUGGCUCAAAUAUUCCAGAAUCCUUAUCGCGUGAUUCCUGUUCUGUCACUUUGAUUUAAAUUCCGCAGUUUGGCCAAUUGGUGGACAAAUUGAACGCGAGUGUACGUACAGGUUGUUUGUCGAUGCACAGCAGAUGAGCGCCUCCUUACACCAUGCAGCCUGUGGGGAGAGGUGUGUUUAAACUUCACCAUCCUGGUCUGCGCAAGUCGGUGAAGACGGGGAGCAUAUCUGUCAAAAAAAAGUCUCCUCAACGACCAAGAUGAAAAUGUUAUUUAUGUAUUUAGAAUUAGAUACAUUUCAUUAAAUCAGGAGAUUGAGCUACGCAUGACAUUCCAUCCGAUCACAGAUCAGGAAAUCCACUGUGAAAACAAUGGAUAUAUUUCCCCACACAGGCAUUAGGCAGCUCCCAGUCUUACCUGGAACAUUGGACCAACAUUGGUGGAACGCUUCUAACCGCGUGUUCAACGUUGGCCCAACGUUGCGUGCUUAACUGGGUUAAGGAAAAAACAUUCUGUUUUGGAAAAUGGAAAUGUUAUUCGACAUCAUUGUCAGCCCUGCCCCAAGUAGCUGCUGAAUGAAGGCCCUUUCCAAGCCGUCACCAUCCCACGGUUACAUUUUUGAUUCGUACUAAAUUGACGUCAACCCUGUGAGUGUCCAACCACUGCUGGCAAACGAAGGCUUUUGAAAAAUAAAAUCGGGCAUUUGAUAACCGUGUCAUCAUAAAAUUGGAUAUUUCGGGCCGGUCAGACACAGACUCUGGUGUGUAGGUUUCACUCCUGCGUAGGCUUUCGCAGUUGUGCCGUGUGGCCCUGCGUUGUGUUUUUGGGUCUGCUACCCUGAUGUCCAACCUAUCUCUCCGCAUGCGGGGGGAGCGAAAUGUCGGACAUCGUGGCGAAUAACACGCGGGUUUCACUUCAUUUAACACUUUGUUUUGGCCGCGACACAUUUUGGCAAUACAAAUCGCAGUGCGUGAUGCUUGUGGAAUGCGCGGCACACGCGACAUCGAGUUGAGGGGUCAGCGGUGGAGAAAACUGGUAGUAAUUAGGGGUGUGAGCAAUGAAUGCGUUGACUUGUCUGACAUUGCUUCCUACAGCAUACGGAGUCGUAGUACGGGCAUGUUGUAGUCCGCUGCCUCGCGUGAUUCUUUCGUUAAAUCUCGGUUUCGUCUGCACGUGGAAAUUGCUGAGGCUUUUGGAACCAUGUACCGGCUGUCACGUAAUGAUUAAGAUUGAGGCCAUAUGCAUGUUGUGAAUCCGACCGUGUGUGCCGUGCAUACCUGGACAGGUAUGUUUUGCAUCCGUUGAUAUUCUUGUUUGUGUUUUAAACAAUAGCAGCAGAAAAAAAUCAAGGCCAACUCGUAAAAAAAAAUGUCAUAAUAGUUUUUCAAUGGAAAUUUUCUGAAUUUAACAAGCAGCAAUUGACAGUUUAGGAACAUUUGCCAAAUUUUAAAACCCUUCAUGUGAUCCUAAAGUACGCCCAUCAAAGAUAUGUCAAGGAAUAUUAUUUGCGUUUAUGUAGUGCUUAAAAUACAUUGUUCAAAAGCGCUUUGAUAUUAGAGGUUGUUUGAUUAAAGAUUUAAAGCCAUAUGUUAUAAAUAAACAUACUUUGAAUAACCAAAGCAUGUGGAAUUAUAACAUUACUUUUAAUCUUUGAAUAACCAAGGUUAUGUGAUAACUACAAUAUAGCAUACAUUUAUACCACCCAUAUGCUCAUUAACUUUAAUUUGUCAUUCCUGCAUGACACUUUGAAUGUUAACAUUGCAGCUUGUGGCAUUGCUUCUUACGCUCGUUAGAUUUCGGUGAAAGCAUCUGAGACUGAAUGAGCCGACAAUGGAGAAACGUCCCACACCAGCCUGAAUGGGCUGCCUUGUUACCAUUUCACAGUCUUGGACACAUGCAAUGACGCGCCACCAUCGAUACUGUAAACGCCUAAUACUGCACAUCUUCCGUUUUGGAACCUUUGGUUAAUACAUUGUUCACAUCCUCACUGUUUUAGCUUUGUGGUAAUUAAUGUCAAAAAGUGAUUGAAAAAAAAAGUAUAUUGUUUAAACCUAAAAAUAUGAAAAUGUAAAAAAAUAUAUGCAUCGUGGGUGAAUGCAAUAGCAUGUUUGUACUUUAUUUCAUUGAUGUUUUGUAAUUUUGAAGGGUUUUUUUUCUCAUGUACGUAAAGCCAAAGGUGGACAGAAAAUUAUAAAUAGCAGGGCAUGACAAUUUUCUUCCAAAUCUUACGAUCCAGUCCCGGUGAGAGGCAGUGGAGUGCUCUCCUCGACGACCAACGGGUAAGAGAAGAGCUAAGAGCCGAUGACGGGAUAAUGUCAGGGCAGACCGUCGGAGGUCACCACGCAGCAGCUACGGGAUCUGGCCGAGGGUACAAAGCACUGGCAAUGAGCUGCGGUAUUGGUGGUGGUGGCAUCUUGAUCCGUCUCAAAAUUUGUUUAGUUAAUACGAACCUUCACGCGGCAUGGUGCAAGUUAGGACUCGUUUGAUGCGAGCUCCUUACAAACCGUGAUCCGAUUUUAUUGGCAUGUGUUACUCUUAAGAAAUGCAGUAUGCUGAAACAAUUUUGCUAAGUGGAACCUUUUAAAUUGUUUAUUUCAUGAAGGAAUUCUAAAAGGUAUUGGCAACCUAAUGCUAGGUUUAUUUCGGAGCGCUGUCUGAAUCGUAGGGGUUUAUACGGCACGAGUAAUAGCUGCAACAUAAAAAAAAUUACAUAAGGAGCGUGCACAUUUUUUUAUUUCAUAUUUUUUAACUUGGAUGCUAUUACUUGGUUUUGACAAACUCUACCCCCCUAAAAACCCCUUAGUUUGUAGCCAUCAUUGGUUUAUAUUUUAUAACGGUAGUUGCUUAAUAUAGGCUUGUGGUGACAAAAAAUACAAAUCGAUGUGUAAUUGGUUAUUUACAGCAAAUAUUUUUUUUCCCCAAAAGAAUGUUUAAAAAAAAAAUUGACUAAGAGCGCUUCACAGACCAGUCUCGCAAGAUUACAUUGGGAAAAUUAUUCUGAAGUUUGUUUCAGUAUGCCUUAUCUACAACAAGGGCGCACCACCUAUUCCGUUGCAACGAGUGUGCAUCUCGUGUCAAACCGAAAUGUUCAUUCCGACGCAAUGGAUGAAGCUCAAUUUAAUUUAGUUACAAAAAAUUCAGACUGGUUGUUAUUGUGCAGUCAUUGGGAAACUCGGGUGAGACCACGAAUCCACUGCACUUGAGGAAUUUUCCUUAACCAUGGGUAGCUGAAACUGGGAUUCCUAACCUCGGAUCUCAAUGGUGUCAGCCCAGUGCCCUGAAUCACCCCCUCAUAUGGGCAAUCUGGCCACUUUAUGGUGUAGCGAAACUUGGAUUCGUGCUAAUUCACGGUUCCACAUCGUCAUACAUUCUCUUAUCUUGAGAGUAAGAGACAUGAGCAGCAACUUGUUAGAUCGUCGAUUGAUAAACUCGACGAUUAUAAUUAAUUUGUAUUGCAAGUCCAGAUGGCUGUUGUUGCAUCACUACACUAUAGUGUAAUACUCUUAGAACAUGUCUGAAGGGAAUCGUCAAUGCAUACAGAUUUGUAAUUUAUGCGCAACUGACACCUUAAUUUGAGCAACAAUUACUGGGUAUUUUUCUCUCCACCAUUGGUUUCUUUAUUAUUUCAGUCACUUGGGUUAUAUACUUUGUACAGAAAUGAUAUCAAAAGGUUUUAAUUGAUGUUCUUCAAUGUGUGAAUUCCUUAAUAAUUACAAGACCGAGUUGCUCCAUUUCAUUUUGCUUGAGUUUGCUUUCUGUCUCUGCUGUUCGCUUUUUUUCCCCCAAGCUACCACUGACGUGUCGCACCGUGUGGUAAAACACUUUGCAUCUUUGACACGUGACCUGUAUCGUGCAUCUUAUUCGCACCCGUAGGUGCACGUGGUUUUUUUCUUCCUCCCACUUGUGUGUUUUUGGAACGGGUUGCAUACUGAUUUGCCCAGGUGUCAGUCCUCGACUCGUGUUCGUAACUUGAUUUGUUAUCACGCUCGACUUUUCAUCCAGAGCUCAUCGGUUCACUCUACCGACGAGGCAGCUGAAGCAACGGUGCCAUUUUUUUUAAAUCCUUUAUAUUAAGUUCGCUUGCUUGCUUAGGACCGUGCAAAUCUUUCGGUCGUUUUUUAACCCACUUCCCGUGAUCCAAUCGAGCUGACAUUUUCCACACAGACUCGUUGUGCGUGACAAUAUGUUCGUGAAAAAAAUUCCAAAAUUGUACACUUUUUAGGACAAAAAUAUUAUAUUUAAUUACCAAUUGCUUAAUGGUGCAAUGCAAUCAUCUGACCCAUAGGUGGCAGCCAUCUCAAGCCAGAGGACGAGAGGACUCUAGCCGCCACGCAUAUAAAGGAUUUAUAGUGAAAAACUUUGUUUUUACGGGUUAUUUUUUAUUUUUUAAAUCGCCACCACCGUUGUCCACCGAGUCAGUAUAAAUGGGUCCACAGCACUUGGUCCGAUCACGCGUGGUGGGGUAGAGUGUGGGUCCUACUCCCCACCACUUCCAAGCCGUCUGGCGAGCAUGGGAGGCUCGGCAAAAUAUUACACUGGUCAACACACUUUUUCUGGCAUAAGGUAUUCCAACAGUUGUAAGGUAAUUUUGGGGUGCUGAUUCCAAAUCUGGCAUCAGUUUUUGUCUAUCACAUCAGGGUUUUUGAGAUAUAAAAUGUUGCAUUUUCAAUAAAAACUGCAGAAGAAAAAUAUUAAAUAAACGUGGAUAUCUACAUAAAAUGAUAUUAACACACUAUCCUAAAAAUACAGCACCAUAUUUUAACACUAAAGCAGUCACUGACUCGCAACAACUUGCAAUCAUAAGUGACAGAGUUGGGUAAAAUCAAUGAAAAUGGGGUAUGCCGAUAGCAUAAAAAUGAGAUGUGAUAGAGCAAAUCUGAGAUCAGAUUUGGAAUCGGCACCCUGAAAUUAGUCUAAAACAGCUGCAAAAGUCCAGGCCAGAAAAAAAUGCUUUUUGUUUGUUGACCAGUUUAAUCGGAGGGGUCUCUAGAGCCCCAGCAGUGGAGAGCCACCGGUAGCGUGGUGUUGACCAAGCACUUACAGGGCUGCACCUUUACCUCUUUUUUUUUUUACUUUAGCUAUUGAAACGAGUUUGUGGUUGUGGCAAGCCACGUGUAAUGUGACUGCAUGUAAACCAUGCAAAAGCGUCACGGGUGUAACAACGUCCAUUUACUCAAUAAAAUUGGCGUGGCUCAACGGUUUGCAACAGCUGUGCAAAUAAAAAAACCCGUGCAGUGAAUAGAAUUAUUGCAAAGUCUUGUAAGCUGUCCCGGAUUUCCCAGGAUCCUCCACUUCCAUCUUGAUUUGAAGCGUUCGUGAAUGCAGGAAUCCAUACUCUUUGGUUCUUUCGGUAAAGUCACGUAGUUAGAAAUAAAAUAAAACAAAUCACGACGUUUCGAUCGCAACACAAGUGACCUUCAUCAGGUGGCACCGAUACAGCAGGACAACCGCUUGUGUUGCGAUCGAAGCGUCGUGAUUUGUUUUAUUUUAUUUCGAACUACGUGACUUUACGAAAGAACCAGUGAGUAUGAUCUCCACUUGUCGAGCUGGCUGCUAUCCUGGGAAAGUGGGACAUUCUGAAGUUCUGAUGUCAGUCGAGUCCUGUAACAAUAAUACACCGAAUUUUGAUUUAAAGCUUUCGUGACUGCAGGGAUUCAUAUUCUUGGUUCCUUCGGUAAAGUCACGUAGAAGGGAAAUAAUAAAAUAAUAAAAUAUAAAAGCAAAAUUCUCACGACGUUUCGACUGCAACACAAGCAAUCAUCAUUAUUGUUUUUAUUUUUCUAUUAUUUCCCUUCUACGUGACUUUAUCGAAAGAACCAAGAAUGAUAAUGCACCACUCAAGACGAUGCAUUUACAUGGAGGAGUUCUCCCCUCUGCCGGUAUUUUGAGAUCAAAUCACGAGUGCAUUUUGCACUUUGCGCCGUUAGUAUAGCGCAAGGCUAUCACGGAUGCACUGUUGCAUAGAUUGGUAUAGUCUGCAGUAGUUCCAUAUAGUGGGGUACGAUAGAGCAAUGUAGCCAUGUGAUAGCUGCUCUCUCAAGAGAUCUUUCUGCUUCCUGUCAUGAUUUGUCCUGAUUCUUGUACCUCUUAAGGUGGCAAUCCUGCUCAUGGUUGAAACCCAGAUCUAUUUCGUUGAGGCUGGAGUCACGGAUAAGUUAAUUCCCACUAACAUCGCUUGGUGUAUCAGGCGUCAGUUCAAGUUUCAAUUAAACUCAUAAUGUGGUGUUCUUUAACAUUUCUUCCCCAGGAUGUGCUGCCUCUUAAGUUGUUGAUAUUUACUAUUCUUGUUUGCAGCAGCAGCCUCUUGUGCUUGAAUAUUGUAUUUUAUGUGAGCGGGAUUAUUGUUGAUUAAAUACAUUUUCCUCAAAGCA